UAAUAGUUCUACUAAACCAGCUGUGGAUUUCCAGUGUUAUCUGAAAUGGUUAAUUUAAGUUUUUACUUCUACUCUGUCUAUAACCAGUACUAACUUUCUUCUACUUAUCCCUGUAAUGUGCUGCAUAGUUAUACAGCAUGCACUACUACUUGAAAUAUUUUAUUUAUUGUCCUCCCCUGAAAGAUUAUAUUCCAGGUGCUUCAGGAUUUCUCUAUUUUGUUCUGUCUUUAUUCCAUGUGACUGCAUGUAGUAGUGUCAGGGUAAAUAUUAACUGAAUAAAUACAAAAUGGAGAAAAGGGGCCGGGCAUGGUGGCUCACACUUGUAAUCCUAGUAUUCUGGGAGGCCGAGGCAGGUGGAUUGCUUGAGCUUAGGAGUUCAAGAUCAGCCUAAGCAAGAGCGAGACUCCAUCUUUAUUAAAAAUAGAACUAUCCAGGUGUUGUGGUGGGCUCUUGUAGUCUUCAGAUACUUGGGAGGUUGAGGCAAGAGGAUCUUUUGAGCCCAAGAAUUCGAGGUUGCUGUGAGCUAUGACACCAGGGCACUGUAUCCAGGGGGACACAGUGAGACUCUGUCUCUAAAAAAAAAAAGAAAAGGAAAAAAGGUAAGGACCUUGAGGGAAGCAUCCUUGCUCAAGACAUAGGGCUUUUUCAGGAGAAGGAGCUUAGGGAUAGUACAUUUGAAUAGAAUUCUUCAUUUUCUGCUCUCCAUGGUGCCCAACAGGAUGCUAGACUAAAUCAUGUUAGUAAAUUAAGGUCUUAAUAUCAACUAUAAUUUAAGGCAUGUACUCAGAAAUGUACUCAUUGGUUGUUUGUGCAUUAAAGAUUAAUAGACUAGCAUUGAUAUCCUGCCUCAGCAACUUUCUAAUUGGGUAACACUGAGCAUGUGGUUGAUGGACUUUUUCUAAGAUUCCUCAACUUUAAAGAGUUGUAAUAAUAUCUGAUUUGCAGAGUUUCUAUGAGAAAUAAAUUUUCUAAAAUAUGGACAUCACUUUGGAAAGUCAUUAUCACAUCAGAUUUGCUCAGAUGGCACAAAUUGUUACUAAAAUAUGUUGCAAUUUUUUUGUUGGCUAUUAAAAUACUAGUUCUACUGCAGUGGAAGUAAUUUGAAAUUUUGUGAUACCAUUGCAGAUACCAUUCUCAGGGAUGACACAAGUCAAAUAUUCUUAUUUUAUUACUACUAUACUAUCCAGGCAGAUAUUAGCUUGUGAACCACAAUAUCGCACUCUUUUCUGCCUCCUUAUGAAUAAUUCGGUGGGUUGAUGCUUUUUCUCAGAAACUGGAUUUUUGGUAAACUCUGCAGCUUAUAGACGUGGGGGCAGUGGUCAGGGAGCAGUAAUGCCUGCUAGCCAGCCAAGGAAUGAAAUAGUUAGAAAUAGUGGGAGAGGAACUCUCAGAAACUUGGUGUAUAAAUCAGUACACUCUUGGAUUUGAGACAUGGAGUGUAUUAUUCUAUGGUUAAUGGCACUCCUUGAUACAUUUCAUGCUUUUUGUUAUCAUAGGAAAAUUGACAGCCAAACUUUUUUGGAAUUCAGUUAGCUUAUAGAAUAACACUUUCAACCCCUUCUUUUCUGAUCCUUAAGAACCAGAGCACUGUUUUCUAGUUCUAGGGGAGAUAAGGUUGGUCCACUUUCAUGUAAGAUUAGUGUAUGCUUGGGUAUCUUGGGGUAUGUGUAUGUGUGUGUGUUUAUGUGUAUUUUGAGGGGCGUUGUCACUCAUUAUAGAUGUGCUGCAACAUCUUGGUUUAUGAGUGUGGGAAUUGUGGGGAGAUCUCAUGUUACUUUUUCCUUACCCCUAACUUCUCAGUAUCUUGCUUUUCUUUAUGAAGGGGACAUGGAGGAAGAAAGGACAGCUGCUGAGAAAAAUAUGGUACAGUUCUCCAGUGUUGACAGCCUUAUCCAUCCUCUUGUGCACACUGGAGUUUUUACCUUCUGAACAGAACUUGUGGGAUGUUUUAGGACUUAGUGAUCUUUGACGAUGUAGCUGUGAAGUUCACCCAGGAGGAGUGGGCUUUGUUGGAUAUUUCUCAGAAGAACCUCUACAGAGAUGUGAUGCUGGAAAACUUCUGGAACCUGGCCUUACUAGAUUUUGCAACUCAACUUAAAACUAAUGAAUUGGUAGUCCAACAGGAUAUUUGUAUAGAAAAAUUUUCCAAUGAACAGAAAAUAGUGAGAUUCAAAAUAAAUGAUUCCUGUUCUUCCAUUUUACCUGAAAACUGGGAAUACUAUGGUAUUAAUGACCAAAACAAAAGCCAUGAGAGAGAUUUGAGAACUCAUAUGGCGAAGAACAUCUAUGAAUUUAAUGAAGAAAAUCAACAUGGACAAACCUUCAGCCAAAUUCCACAACUUAAUAUGCUCCAGAGAACUACUGAAAUAAAAUCCUGUGAAUGCCGUGAGUGUGGAAAGGCCUUCAUGGAUUAUGCAUCCCUUAAGAAUCACAUCAAGUCUCAUACUAGAAGGAAACACUACCAGUGUGAGGAAUGUGGGAAAGCCUUCCAUUUUCUUGCUUGUUUUAAGAAGCAUAUGAAAACUCCUACUGAAGAGAAGCCCUAUGAGUGUAAGGAAUGUACCAAAGCCUUCAGUUGUGCCUCAUUCUUUAGGGCACAUAUGAAGAUUCACACUGGGAAAACAAACUAUGAAUGUAAAGAGUGUGGGAAAGCUUUUAGUUGUUCCUCAUCCCUUAUAGAACACAAAAGAAUUCAUAGUGGAGAUAAGCCUUAUGAAUGUAAGGAAUGUGGAAAGGCCUUUAGUUGUUCCUCCUCACUCUCCAAACACAAAAGAAUUCAUAGUGGAGAUAAGCCAUACGAAUGUAAGGAAUGUGGGAAAGCCUUCGGUUCUUCCUCUCACCUUAUAAUACAUGUAAGAAUUCAUACUGGAGAGAAGCCUUAUGAAUGUAAAGAGUGUGGGAAGGCCUUCAGUGAGUCCUCAAAACUCACUGUACAUGUGAGGACACAUACUGGAGAGAAACCCUAUAAAUGUAAGGAAUGUGGGAAAGCCUACAAUUGUCCCUCCUCCUUAAGUAUCCAUAUGAGAAAACACACUGGAGAGAAGCCCUAUGAAUGUCUAGAAUGUGGAAAAGCCUUCUAUCUUCCCACUUCCCUUAAUACACAUGUGAAAAAUCAAAGUAGGGAGAAACCUUAUGAAUGUAAGGAAUGUGGGAAGGCUUUUAGCUGUCCAUCAUCCUUUAGAGCCCAUGUGAGAGAUCACAUUGGAAAGAUAACUUAUGAAUGUAAGGAAUGUGGGAAGGCCUUUAGUCGUUCCUCAUCCCUCACUGAACACUUAAGAACUCACAGUGGAGAGAAGCCUUAUGAAUGUAAAGAAUGUGGGAAAGCCUUUAUUAGUUCCUCCCACCUCACAGUACAUAUAAGAACUCACACUGGAGAGAAACCUUAUGAAUGUAAGAAAUGUGGAAAAGCCUUUAUUUAUCCCUCAGCUCUUAGGAUCCACAUGAGAACGCACACUGGGGAAAAACCCUAUGAAUGUAAAGAAUGUGGGAAAGCAUUUCGUCAUUCUUCAUAUCUUACUGUACAUGCAAGAAUGCACACUGGAGAGAAACCUUUUGAAUGUCUGGAAUGUGGAAGAGCCUUCAGUUGUCCCUCAUCCUUCCGAAGACAUGUGAGAAGUCACACUGGAGAGAAACCUUAUGAAUGUAAGGAAUGUGACAAAGCCUUUGUUUGUCCUGCCUACUUUCGAAGACAUGUAAAAACUCAUGCUAGGGCUGGGCGUUGUGGCGGGCGCCUGUAAUCCCAGCUACUCGGGAGACUGAGGCAAGAGAAUUGCUCCGGCCCAGGAGUUGGAGGUUGCUGUGAGCUGGGUGAGGCCACGGCACUCUACCGAGGGCCAUAAAGUGAGACUCUGUCUCUACAAAAAAAAAAAAAAAAAAAAAAACUCAUGCUAGAGAAAACGUCUAAAUGUAAGGAAUGGGAAUUUCUGCAAGCCUUCUUGAAAUCCUAGGCAACUUGUGAUAUCUCAUAUUAUGGAGAUACCCUAUAUAUGUAAGAAAAUAGGAAAUUAUUGCUCAUCUUUUUGAAGAUUUGGGGAUACCUUAGAGAAACCUGUGUGUAUAAACCAUGCACUAAAGCCUUCAUUAACAUUACUUAAUUGUGUAUAAGAAAAGUUAUACUAGAAAUGAACAUCAGUGCUUCAUCCUUAAAGUAGACUUCUGACUUAUUGAUUUUCAAGGUUUAUUGGUACAAACAUUUAAAGUGAUAAAUUUACUUCUUCAGCUCUAGCCAUAGUAUGAGGUACUUUUAUUUUGGUUUACAUAUCGAUAAUAUUUACAUUACACAGUCUUUUGGAUCAUGCUAUAUUUUUUCAUAUGGAGGCAGAGGUGUUUUUUUUUUUUAUUACUGGUUUCUAAUUAAUGCCCAUUGUUCUCUAAAUGUGCAGUCAUUAUGGUAUCACCAGUCUGGUUUUGGUUUCUUUUUGAUCUUGCAUAGCAGAUACUGGAAAUUGCCUACUCAAUAAUUUUCUUCCCAUUCUUUUGUUUUACUAAGAGAAGUUAUAAUUUUUGAGAUGAUCAGUUUUUACUAUUAAGAGCUUUUGAUGCAGGGUGGUGCCUGUGGCGCAGUGAGUUGGGCGCCAGCCCCAUAUGUCGAGGGUGGCAGGUUCGAACCUGUCCCCAGCCAGCUAAAACAUCAGUGGCAACUGCAACAAAGAAUAGCAUUGUGGCAGGCGCCUGUAGUCCCAGCUACUCAGGAGGCUGAGGCAAGAGAAUCGCUUAAGCCCAAGAGUUGGAGGUUGCUGUCAGCUGUGACACCAUGGCACUCUACUGAGGGACAGAGUGAGACUCUGUCUCAAAAAAAAAGAAAAGAGCUUUUCAUGCUUACUAAGGAGUUUCAGUAGAGAUUAAUAAAUGCAAAGGGCUUGAAAGAGGGUUGUAUCAUCUAAUAGGCUAUUUUUUUUUUUUUUGCAGUUUUUGGCCGGGGCUGGGUUUGAACCCACUACCUCCGGCAUAUGGGGCUGGCGCCCUACUCCUUGGAGCCACAGGCGCUGCCCUCUAAUAUGCUAUUUUUAUAUUUUAUUCUUUGUCCUUGUUCAUGGCUGAGAAUUGAAUCCAAUGUUUUGAGUUAAAUAGUAUGUUGUAUUAAUCCGGGUUAAAAUGGCUAGGGACUAUAUGUCCCAGAAUCACUUUUUUCCUAGUCCUAGAUUAUAGUUGUAUAGAGUUUGUAUGAGAUUUGGAAGGUAUAAGGGGUGAAGCCCAUUAUGCUACACUGAGUGUGGCCAUCAGACAGGGAGACAGAUGUGGAAGAUGUGGGCUGUAGUUUUCAUCUUGUUUUUCUGAUUAUUGGAUCUCUUUGCUCAAAACUAAACAUUAAGUGCUUGACUUCAAUUUGCUCAGAGGCAGCAACUCCAUGGAUAUCUCUAUACAUAGCUUCCUGGAUUUUCUGGCAAGCUUUGCCAUUGUCAUUUUGUCAAUAUUGCAGUCCUUCUGGCCCAGUGUGGGGCAAGAUUGUUUUCCUGUGCCCAGUCCAAUACUAUGAUGUCACUCUGCUCAAGGGGAAAGACAUCUUUGCAAGCCUAGGGUGACCUCAAAAGCAAGAAUAGCUGUGGCAGUGAGGGAAAUUAUUCUAAGUGUAAUUGAGGUAAGCAUCAGACAAGGUGUCAUUUUAGGGAAGGAAGAUUUAUAUUUGAUGCCUUCAAACAGGGAAGAUUUUACUACUUUUUUUUUUUUUUUUUUUUUGCAGUUUAUGGCCGGGGCUGGGUUUGAAAAAACCACCUCCAGCAUAUGGGGCCCGCGCCCUACUCCUUUGAGCCACAGGUGCCGCCCUAGAUUUUACUGCUUUUUAAUGUGAGAAAAUAAACACCAUGAGCUGCUUCAGGUACAUUUACCUGUUUUCCCUUCUAUUUUCCAUUUAUCUCUAAAAGUCUAACUGUGCUACUCCCCCUUAACCACUUUUUACUGUUUUAUUAAGGUAUACAUGCACUAACAUGCAUGAAGUAUGCUUACUUUCAGUGUACAGCUUGAUGAAAUUACAUUUAUGAAUAAAUUCUGCCAAACAGAAUGUUUCUAUGACUUCAGGAAGCUCAUUAAUCCUCCUUUUCCAUAAUCAAUUACUCCACAGGGGCAACCACAAUUUUUACUCUCAUUAAAAUUAAUUAGGUUUGCUUAUUCUUGAUUUUCAUAUAAAUGCUGAAAUACAACAUGUACACAGUUAUAUGUGUUUGGCUUUUGCUAAACAUAAUGUCUGGUUUGCCUCCAGAGUGCUAGGAUUACAGGUGUGAGCCACUGUGCCCAUGGUUUCUUUUUUAUUUUUUUGAAGGAUUUUCUUCUGGUAAUUUGCCCUUUAUUGUAUGUAUGUGUGUUUCUAUAGAUACAUAUAUGCAAACCAUGUAUUAUAUAUACACAUAAAAUAUAAUAUGUAUAUUAUAUAUACAUAUAAAAUAUAAUAUGUAGAUUAUAUAUACAUAUAUGCAAAUAGCUUUUCCCAGUUUCUUGUCCUUUUACUCUGGUUUUUUUUUUUUUUUUUUUUUUUUGAGACAGAGCCUCAAGCUGUCGCCCUGGGUAGAGUGCUGUGGCAUCACAGCUUACAGCAACCUCCAACUCCUGGGCUCAAGUGAUUCUUCUGCCUCCUCCCAAGUAGCUGGGAAUACAGGUGCCCGCCACAAGGCCCAGCUAUUUUUUGGUUGCAGCCAUCAUUGUUGUUUGGUGGGCCCGGGCUGGAUUCCAACCUGUCAGCUCAGGUGUUAUGUGGCUGGUGCCUUAGCCACUUGAGCCACAGGCGCCGAGCCUUUGUUUUUUUUUUUUUUGCAGUUUUUGGCUGGGGCUGGGUUUGAACCUACCACCUCCAGUAUAUGGGGCUGGCGCCCUACUCCUUUGAGCCACAGGCGCUGCCUCUCUUUUUACUCUUUAAAGGAAAGUUUUUGGUUUGAUUACUAAAAAGUCUUUGGGUACAACUAGUUUCAGGCGUGGCUAGAUCCUGAGGCUUAAAAGAUAAUUAUGUUAUCUAUAAGAGUUUUGUCUCCAUGUUUUGGGUGUGCAUCCUUCUGCGUUACCUUUUUCCAAGCAAGCUAUCUCUAAGUAGUUGGCCCUGGAAGCUCCAGGGUAAUAUCUCCCCAGGUUAAAAUCUCAGGGAGAAGUGAGAGUGAUUGUCUUUUUGAACAGUUCCAGUCUAAUUAUCUUCAUUGAGUCUGAUUGGCUCUGAUCUGCUCACUUGCCCACCAUAAUCCAAUCACUGUGACCAGCAAAAUGUAAGACUGUGAUUUGUUUAGGACUGCCGUGUUUAUCCAGAAACUGGGUUAGGGUCUGCACCAAUUAUAGUGUCCUGGCAGUUUUGAUACAUGUGAAGAGGGGAAGAGGCAGCAGUGGGCAGGUGGAAUCUAAAAAUAGUGGUGGCAGAGUUGGGGUCUUGCUCUUGCUCAGGCUGGUAUCGAAUCUGUAAGCUCAGAGCAAUUCACCCACCUCGGCCUCCCAGAGUGCUGGGAUUACAGAUGUGAGCCACCGUGCCCCAGUCUUCCAGUUGGUAAACCUGGUCCAUUUACGUAAGUUGUCUUUAACUUUUCUCAGUGAUAUUUUAUAAUUGUAGAGGUCUUGAAUAUCUUUGUUUAAUUUGUUUCUAAGUAUGUGUUAUAUUUUGCUUUGUAAACAUUAUUUAUUUAUUUUUCACUUCUUUUGGUUACUUCACAGAAUUGCUAUAUCUUUGUAUAUUGACUUCAUAGCCAGUGACAUUUAUAAACUCAGUUAUUUAUUCAAAUAGUUUGUGGAUUGUUUUGGAUUUUCUAUAUGUAUAAUCCUGUCAAUAAAAGAAACUUUUCCUUAAUUUCAAAACUCUUUUUUAUUUAUUUUUCUUGUCUUAGAGUAAUGAAUAGAAAUGAUGAAAAAGAAUAUCUUUCCUUGUUCUAGAACUUAGAGAAAAGUAUGUAAUAUUUCACCAUAUUAUGCUAUGCUAUAAGUAUUUUUGUAGAAAAUCUUUAUCAGAUUAAAGAAAUUGUUUUAUUUCCACAUUGUCAGAUUUUUAAAAAUCAUGAACAGAUAUUCAGUUUUAUCUAGUGCCUUUUCUGCACGUCAGGGUUCUUAAAAUAUCCUGUCUGUUACAAGGGUACAUGUGACAUUUACUUAAUGUAGAAUAUAAAUGUCUUAACACAAUAACUAAGAAAAUGCCAUGAAGGCUAUGUUAACCAGUUUGAUGAAAAUAUUUCAAAUUGUAUAUAAAACCAGCAUGUUGUACCCCAUGAUUGCAUUAAUGUACAAGCUAUGAUUUAAUUUUAAAAAAUGCUGUCAAUAAGGCAUAUUAUAUAUUUCUUGAUUUUUCAAAUGGCAAAACAACAUCUAAUACUGGAAUAAAGCACACUUGG